AUGACGGCAUACUCGAUCACGAGUAACUUCUUGUCGGACGGCAAUUGUAUAACCACUUCAGGAGCGCCUAGUACACUCUCCUCGCCUUAUACUGUGUUAAGCCCAACAACUGUUGCUGAGACUGACUUCCCUUCCUAUGCUGGGUCGCAGUUCAGAGACUUUCUUGGCUUCUCAACUUGUUUUGGCGGAGGGGAGCUAAUAGCACCAACUCCUAUCGCUCCUGUUGCCACUCCAACAAUGCUGUACAACGAUAGCAAUCCAUCUUCCUCGCAGAAUUUGUCAGACAUGAGACCCCAGAUAUCAUCAAAUUCUCAAAUUACUAAGUCGUCGUCCACAUCGCGGCUUGCAAAACCUGCAGGCAUCGGCGUAGGUAUUGCCGUGCCUUCCGCGAUUAUAUUGAUCCUACUCAUUUCCGCGUUUGUAUUUCGUAAUUUUCGUAGAAGGCGACUUCGCCGAAAGAAUGAGAUGAGCAAGUCCGAGAAGUCGCCACUGGCUGACAACACACAAGCAUAUCUCCAGCAGAAACCAGAGCUGGAAGCUGAAGAGCAGCAGAGACACGAAUUAGAUGGCCAGCAAAAGUUUCACGAGUUGGACGGUGUUGAAGAGGUACAGGAGGCCCCAGCAGGAGCUACUGAACAGCGAGCAGCUCUCGUGAGAACGAGGCAAGAGUUGAGGGGGGUAGAACACAGCCAAGAACUUGAUACAACGAAAACAAGAGUUUAA